UUCGGCUAACAGGAAGCCGAAACAUGAGGACGCACUGAGGGGCAGGAAUUGGCAAAGAGAAACGAGUGUGAAAUUACUCUUUACUCCGGUUUCGACUCGGUGUUUCAGGAGAAACAACAGCCUCCCGCCUGCAUCAGAGGCAGCGAUGUCUUCAGCAGUGGAUCUGAAAAGUAAGGAGGAAAAGGAUGCAGAGUUGGACAAAAGAAUCGAAGCCCUGAGGAAGAAAAAUGAAGCUUUGGUCAAGAGAUACCAGGAAAUCGAGGAGGACAAGAAGAAAGCAGAACAGGAGGGAAUCGCUGUGACGACGCCCCGGAAGCCCCGCCCCCACGAGUCAGAGACGGACAGAAGGAAGACGGAGAAAGAAAACUUCACGGUCACAGUGGACCUUUCUAAACCGACAGGGGAGAAGAGAGUCGUGAAUGACUGGAAACCCUCGACACCUCGGGGCCGGAAAACGUCAGAGGAGAGCGAUGGUCAACGAGGUCCGAGCCCUCCAGGAGGACGGGUCAGGCCGGGGUCAGCCGAGGAGGACGUGGAGGACGGGGAGGGGAGGGGAGGAGGAGGGGAGGAGGAGGGGAGGAGGAGGGGCGGUGAUGGAGGAGGUGGACGCCAGGAGAGGAGAGACCGAGAACCCAGAACACCCAGAGAUGGAGAACCUGGAGAGAUGGGAGGACCUGGACGUAGAGGAGGAAGACGAGGAAGAGGAGGGGGCGGAGGAGGAGGAGGAGGAGGGGGAGGGACACCAGGUGGAAUGGACAGGAAAUCCAAGGAAUGGGAGGAGAAGAGGCGACAGAAUAUUGAGAAGAUGAAUGAAGAAAUGGAGAGAAUAGCAGAGUAUGAAAGAGGACAGAGGCCGGAUGGAGACAAACCGAUUCGUAACUUCCUGGAUGAUCCUCGGCGUUCAGGCCCGGCGCCGGACACGGACCGUAAGGAGGGCAGCAGGAGGCACGUCCGAAACUGGGGAGGGCUUGACUUCGACAAUGUGAAGACGGGGGCCGAACUGGAGAAGGAGUGGACAAGUCGAAGGCCUGGCCCCAAAGGCUCGGUGGACAUGACCAUGUCCAUGACGGGUCGAGAACGAGCAGAGUACCUGAGAUGGAAGAAGGAGCGCGAGCAGAUCGACGAGGAGAGGCUAGCACGCCAUCGCAACGCCACCGGCCAAUGGAGACGAGAGUGGGACGCACAGAAAACAGACAACAUGUUCAAGGAGGACCCAUAUGUGUCUGCAGAGGGCAUCGCACCGGAGCAGAGCGGCAGGAGAGCCAGGGGGCGUAACUCCGGUACUGAGCCUCGGGGCAGGGCCUCAGAUGACAGUAAGCGUCCUCCUAAAGCUCCGACGUUCGGCGACUUCCUGUCCCAGGGCCGGACUCAGGGGCCCCGAGGCGACAGGAACCGAGGGCGGGGCCAGGACAGAAAGAGCUACAGUAUGCAUGACAACCGAUGGGAAGCAGAGAAGGAGGAAGAGGAGGAGAAGAAGGAAAAGGAGGACAAGACAAAGAAAGAGGAAAAGACCAAAACCAAUGAGAAACAGGAAGAAAAACCCAAACCCCCGACAGUACAGAAGGUAGAUGUGGAGGAGAAGAACGUGGAUGGGGAGGACGAGGACGAAUGGGAAGACGCCAGCGAUGGAGAAGACGGUGGCGAGGAUGAAGGCAGCAGCGGCGAGGGUGAAGAACGGGACGCCAGAGGAGACGAGAAGAAAGAUACGGGGAAGGAGAAGGACGCCUCCCCGACGUCCCCCGCCCACCGCUCCGCAGGAAGCCCCAAAGAGCAGAGAACCCCCAGGCCCAAAGUCCACAUCCCCUCCCCUACGGCAGCCCAGGACUCACCAGAGGGAGGGAAGCCCCUCAGCCCAUUCUCACCACUGGAUGGACACCAGCCGGUGUCAGACUGGGGUGAGGAGAUGGAGAUGCUGUCGCCCAGGAGUAGCAUGGGAGGAGAGAGCCCCCUGAAGCCCCCCAGCUCUGACUCCAGCCCCUCACAGAAGAAGGAGGAGGAAGAGAAGGAAGAGAAGGUUCAGAGCCAGGAUGUCAAGGCCCCCGCUGAGACCCAGAAGGACCAGGACUCAGAUGCUUCCUCUCCUCCUGCCAAGUCCAUGUUGUCAGACUCGGUCCCAGCAGACACUGAGCCGCCGUCUGACCCCGGCGUCUCUGAGACUUCCUCUUCUUUUUCUGCUGCGGUCGCUGAAGGCGGCGAGGUGACGACGGACGGCGACUCACCUGCUGCUGCUCCACAAGACAAACCGGACCCUCCUCCUGGUCCAUCUGAUCCUGAACCAGACCAGAGCUCCACGGACUCAACAGGAGGGACAACUGACCACUCGGACACUGUCCCCACAGCAGCGACGGAGGACGCCUCGGAGCAGCCCUCAACAGAAUAAGUCGAGCGGGAACUAACGGACUCGCCUCUGAGAGGAAGAGGAGGCUGGAGGGAGGUGGACGAAGAGCAUGUCAGUCAUCACACAUGCAUGAAACAAAGCAGCGUCGAUGGGAGGAGGAGGGGCUACAGGGGGGUGAAGGAGGUGGAGGUGGAGGUCUGCGUCGAGGUUUUCUAGUGAAUUAAGACACAAUGAGGAAUGUGACCCUCCUGUAACAUCAGUCACCAGCCCAGAUUGUCCUCGGACCAUUCAUCGUAAAGAUUGAACUCCGCUGAGCCUGGAAACGCGUAAAGGGAAACAGUUUAGAGAUUCUCCGAGAAUUGACCUGAUUGGUUUUCAGGUCUGGGUCGAUGCGUAUGAACAGUCGCACUCGGGUGUAGAAGAAAAAACUGCAAGCUUCUUAAAACAAUGCUCGUUUUCAAUGUGAUCCGACCCAAAAAAAAAAAAAAAAAAACACGCAAAAAACUACAAAAGAACAACACAUAAAGGAAAACUGUUUAGAGAUUCUCCGAUAAUUGACCUGAUUGGUUUUCAGGUCUGGGUCGAUGUGUAUGAACAGUCGCACUCAAGUGUAGAAGAAAAACUGAAAACGUCUUAAAACAGCACUCGUUUUCAACGUGAUCCAACCAAAAAAAUACAAAAUAGGAACGCAUAAAGGGAAGCGGUUUAGAGAUCCUCCGAUAAUUGACCUGAUUGGUUUUCAGGUCUGGGUCGAUGCGUAUGAACAGUCGCACUCGGGUGUAGAAGAAAAAACUGCAAGCUUCUUAAAACAAUGCUCGUUUUCAAUGUGAUCCGACCAAAAAA